AUGCAUUUGAAAUGUUACCGAGGCCCAGAACCAUCUUGCCUCGAUUGGCGUGAAAUAUGCGAUGGAAAAAUUGAUUGUCUUGAUGGAAAUGCUGAUGAAGAGAAUUGUUAUCUACUUGAAAUUAACGAAUGUGGAAAGGAUGAAUAUCGCUGUCGAUUGGGAAUGUGCAUAUCAUCUGAAUUUUUCUCCGAUGAUCCUUUUAACCCAGAAUGUCUUGAUGGAACAGACGAGUGUAAAGAUUCAUCGAAAUGUAUAUCAUUUCAUCGACUACUUGAUGGUGUAAGAGACUGUGCUAAUUCGAGCGAUGAGAAGAACAACGACAGUUGUUUACUCAAUGAUUCCUGGCGAUUUAAAUGUCCCAGUGAAGAUCGGUGUAUCUCACCGCUAUUGAUACGCAAUGGAGAAAAAAAUUGUGCCAAUGAAGAGGACGAAAUGACACUGUCAAAUUUUGACCAAACACAGCAAGUCCAUUUUCCAACUAUCUGCGAUGGUUUUACUGACUCUUUACCAAUAAACUUAAGUAAUAAUGAAACGGAAACAGAUGAGACUAAUUGUGAACACUGGUCAUGUUCUAACAUAUACACUCGCUGUGAUAAUAUAUGGAAUUGUCGAAAUGGAGAAGAUGAAUUGAACUGUCAACCAACGAAAUGUAAUUCUAGGGAACAUUUAUGUCUUUCUUCUAAUUCUAGUGAAACUUUCUGUCUUCCUGUUGAACAAGCUGGUGACGGCAUUGUUGAUUGUCGCGGAGCAAUGGAUGAAAGACAUUUGUGUCGUUUAGGGUAUCCUACUAGUCCAAUGAAACGAUAUCGAUGCUGGAAUAGUAAUACGUGUAUUUUAGUCACCAGUUUCUGUACUGUCGAUGACUUAUGUCCAUUGGAUGAUAAUAUGAUAGAUUGCAGCUCUGUUUUUGCAUGUUCUUUUCAAUUUGCUCCUCUUACAGAAGCCGAAGAACUUGUUUGUAAUCUUGAUGAAUCUCGCAAGGUAACGAAGUUAUAUUUUCGUCUUGGAAAAUCGAGCGAUCAUUUAUUAAUAAGUGAUUCUCAUUUGACAAGAGACAUUCACUCUGACCCAUCUUUGAAUCGUCAAACUAAUAUCGGAAUCAAUUAUCAUCUUGUAUGGUAUUGUAAUCGUGGUAUUCUCGUUCAAAUAGAUAGCCGUGCGGAGAAAAAAUGUUUGUGUCCACCAAGUUAUUAUGGUAAUCGAUGUGAAUUUCAAAGCGAACGUAUCAGUCUAACAAUUCAAUUCAAACGAUCCAUUGCUGCUGAGUGGAAUACUAUUUUCAAUAUUCUUUGUCUUCUGAUUGAUUUAAAAACAAAUGAAAUAAUUACCUAUGAGCAAUUCAGUUACAUAUCAUCUAGGGAUUGUGGAACUAAAUUUAAUAUUUAUCUCUUAUAUGAUCAACAACCGAAGAUAAACUCAAGAAAUUAUUCUGUUCGCAUCGAUGUUUAUGAAAGAAUUCAUUUGGAUUAUCGCGCGAGUUGGUUAUUUUCUGUUCCUUUCUAUUUUCUGCCUGUCAAUCGACUUGCUUUUCAACUAAGUAUACCAAAUAGACGACUCAUUGUGAUGACCUGUUCCAUCAGUUGUAUUCACGGUGAAUGUGUCACCUAUGUAAACGAUAAUAAUACACAUUUCUGCCGCUGCUAUCAAGGUUGGUCAGGAUUGAAAUGUUCGAUCAGACAUCAUUGUGAUUGUUCAUCACUUUCACUUUGUAUUGGUUCAGUUAAAAAUACAUCGAUCUGUAUUUGUUCGGUGAACAAAUUUGGUCCACGUUGUUAUAUUCCGUCGUUUUUAUGUAAUUGUAAAAAUGGUGGUACGUGUAUACCGAAUGAUGAGCGUUUAUCCGAUUCAAAAUUUCGAUGUAUUUGUCCCGAAGGUUUUGCUGGUGAUCGAUGUGAACAACUUCAAACACGCAUUAUUAUUGCAUUUCAUAAUGAUAUAUUAAUUCCGUCACAUAUAUUUGUUCAUCUAGUGACUGUUGGUCAUAGGACAGAUCCAAUUUUUACAACGAUACUUCAAAGAAUUCCACUUGACUGGAAUAAUAUUAACAUAUUUACAUCGAUAAUAUUUCAUCUAAGUAUUCUUGAAUUUGAUGAAAAGUAUUAUCUUAUUUUCUUAGAUAAUGAAUUAAACACUGUAAGAAAUAUUUCAAAAGUGGUGACAUCAUCGGAUCGAUGUCCACAUGUUACGGAAUUAUUUAAUUCAUCUAUUCUCGAUUUCCCACUGAUUCGAAGUAUUAAAUACUAUUAUAUUCCGUGUCGAGACAAACUUGAUCUUUCUUGUUUUUACGACGACAGACAAAUGUGUUUGUGUACUAAAGAACGACAUGCGAACUGUAUGGAUUUUAUCAAUGAUACAAAGUUUGAUUGUCAAGGUUAUAAUGAUUGUGAAAAUGGUGGACAUUGUUUUCAAGAUCAUUCAAAAUGUCCACCAAAGGCAAUUUGUUCAUGUGCGGAUUGUUAUUUUGGAAGAAAAUGUUCGUUAACCACAAGAGGCUAUGGUUUUGCUAUCGAUCCAAUAUUGGCUUAUCAAAUUCGACCUAAUUCUGCCUUAAGAGAUCAAUCGUUUGCCGUUCAUACAAGUAUUGCAAUUACAAUAAUUAUUUUUUUUGUUGGUAUAAUUGGUAAUUUAUUGUCAUUAAUAACAUUCAAAGAAAAGAUAUCAUAUGCGAAUCAUUACUAA